AUGUUUAACCUUCGAAACCUAACGUCCUCCGAGUAUCCUGGUCUUGAAAAUUAUCGGGAAAAACUCAAUGAUAUAUCUUUCCUGAGUAUGCUAACUCAAGAUGGUGGCGACUCUCAAGAAAAGAGUCGUGAUUCACUUUUCUAUACAAGCUCCUUGGACGGUAGCCAAUCAGGAGAGGAAGGUAAGAAUAAGAAGGAAAAGCGAUUACCAGAAAGGGAAAACCGGGAGGUGGAGUGGAGGCGAUAUAGAGGAGUUAGGCGGCGGCCGUGGGGAAAGUUCACAUCGGAGAUAAGAAAUCCAGAGAAGAAAAAGGCGAGAUUAUGGCUUGGUACGUUUGAUACACCUGAACAAGCUGCGUUGGCUUAUGACAGAGCUGCUUUUAAGUUCCAUGGUUCACGAGCCAAGGUUAAUUUCCCACUCUUGAUAGGCUGCGAUGACCACUCCCUUAUGCUGCAAGCGUCCUCUUCAUCUUCUAUGCAAAACAUACAACGGAAGAAGAACCGUAUGGUGGAGUAUCCUACGACCACCACCGCCACCACGAUGGCAAAUAAGGUUGAGAGUGAUCAUGACUCUCUACAAGAUCGUAAACUGUAUUCGUCAGCGACUCAAGACUUCUUAUUGAAAAACGUGACUAACACUUCACCUACUACCAACAGAAGCGGAAACAUGGCUGAGGGAAGAAAGGAUAAUGGCUACUUAUGGUCCAUUUUCAUGCAAAACACGGUGCAAUCUCCAACUUCCACCGCUACUAGUACAGUAGCUGAUGCGGUAAGCCACCGUGAUCCAAAGUGGGAUUCCCAAAUGAAUACUGUUGCAAGUGAGGGACUUCGAUUGCCUGUGGUGCAGCCACCGCCUGUAUCCACCACGGCAGUUAGACCGUCCGGAGGGGGUAAUGAGCAUGACAUGUUAUGGGAUUUUCAGAUAGAUACAUUGACAGAUGAUGGCUUUCUUUUGCUUUAA